AUGCCACCCACUCGAGUCCAACUCACUCAUGCGCAAUUGCAAUGGCUACAAGAGAUGCAGCAGCUGAUUGAUCAAGAGAUGACCGACCGGGAGGGCUUGAAUUGUUUGCAAUGGAACCUCAAGAUACCUCCGCGGCUACUUGAAGGUUUCAUCCUGCUGUGGCAACAGGAGCUCGGUGGAAUACCGGCUUAUCGCAAGGACAAUCCGUACCAGCAUUUCACUUGA